UGAGCUCGCUCCCUCCUCCGCAAUUCCUCAAACACUUCGCGCGCCGCCGCCGCCGCCCACAAGGCCCCAACCCGACCCCCCUCCACUGUCAGAGAUGCAGAAGGUGCGGCUCAAAUGGGUGAAGAACCGGGGCCUGGACCACCUGAUCGAGCGCACCACCUCCAUCCGCGCGUCCUGCCUGCUGCUCGACCACCUCGCGCGCCUCCCGACCUCCUCCCCAGUGCCGGCGCGCUCCCUUGCGCGCCUCCAGAAGCCGCUGGGCCUCACCGUGCCCGUGCUCCGAUUCCUCCGCCGCCACCCCACGCUCUUCGCCGAGCAACCGCACCCGCGGUUCCCCACGCUGCCCUCUUUCUCCCUCACGCCGGCCUCACACACCCUGCUGGCCCGCCUCGCCGACGCCUCCGCGCGUGACGCGCACCUCCGCCUCGCGCGUCUUCUCCUUCUCACCCGCUCCAGGUCGCUCCCGCUCGCCUCCGUGCUCCCGCUCCGCUUCGACCUGGGCCUGCCGUUCAACUUCGCUGCCGCGUUCCCGGCCUCCCACCCAGGUGUCUUCGCCGUCGCCAACAACCGCAUCUCCCUACUGUCCGCCUCCGGCCUCCCCGAGGACAUCGCCGUCUCCUCCCUCCAGCGCCGCCACGCCGCGGCCAUCGACUCGGCGACCUACCACGCGCUGUCCCGGCCGCCGUCCUCGUCGAGCGCCCCGCUCGCGUUCCCAAUGCGAUUCCCGCGGGGGUACGGCGGGAUGAAGAAGGUCAAGGCCUGGAUGGAUGAGUUCCACCGCCUUCCCUACAUCUCGCCGUACGAUGACGCGUCAGGCAUCGACCCUGACAGUGACAUCUACGAGAAGAGGAACAUCGGUUUGCUACAUGAGCUGCUUGGGCUAGCGGUGCACAAGAUGGUGCGGAGGAAUGCCAUCCGGCUGCUACGGGAGGAGCUGGGCCUGCCACACAAGUUCACUAGGUUGUUCACGCGGUACCCUGGGGUGUUCUACCUGUCAUUGAAAUGUAAGACAACGACUGUGGUACUUCGAGAGGGGUAUGAGAGAGGGAAGCUCGUGGAACAGCAUCCCCUAGCGGCGGUGCGGGACAAGGUGUAUUAUGUAAUGCGCACUGGAGUGCUGUACCGCGGGAAGGGUUUGUCCAAGCUUGUUCUUGAUGAGGAUGUUGCUGAGGAAGAGGGUGAACUGGAUGGAGAGGAGUUUCAAGGGGAGGGAAUGGAUGAAGAUGCUGAUGUUGAGUGCUUUGGGAUGGACAUCGUGGAUGACGAUGGGCCUGCUGAUGAUGAGGAUGAUGAAGGAGAUAGUGAUGGUUGACAUGGCCUGAUGAUGCUUGCCUUAUGAAUUUCUGUUGUGAGAUUGUGGCUUCAGUCAUUAAUUCCAGUGGCUGAGUUCGUUUCGACUUACUGGCUCCAAAUGCGAGGUUCUGAAAAGCAUAGCAGACUACUGUGAGUAUCAUAUUCUGUCGAAAUUUUGGUGUAUGCUACAUUUAGCUGCUUAAGAAGUAGCAAGCUAAUUUAAAUAUCUAUUUUCUUUGGUUGGUUCCUGGUUGGAGCGGUAGAGCAUUACUUGUAGUUCUGUGUAUAGCAUGAGAAUUACUAGCAAUUCCACAGUUAUGAAGAUAGUGAAGCCAAUUCUUUUAAGAUCAAAUGUGAGUUAUCUCGGCUUUUCUGAUUAGCCAAAGUGCCUUCUCCGCAUAUAGUAAGGAACCUUUGCAAUCCUUGGGACGACAUUUGGAACACAGUGGAAUCAAAUUGCUAUUGAGAGCCGUCUCGCUCUCUUUGUGGAUGUGGUAUGUUUGUGCUCUUUCUGGUUUUGAAUUGUCACCGUGAAGUUUUUCAGUGAAACUAAACAUAAGAUACUAAUAAUUUUACCUUACUUUCUACCUAAAUAUUGGGCAUUAGUACAUUACUAGCUCUCUUAAUUGCCUGUUUUGAAAAUUCCUGGAAAGUCUCACAAUCUGUUCAGUUUUCCUACUCACAUAGAUGUGCAUUUACUGCCUUCAAGAAUUGAGAAACAUGUGAAUAUGCUCUUGCGCCUCAAAUAAUGCAGUUUAUUUUGUGUGAUAUGCCAGGCAGCCAGCUUCUUAGCUCCAUAUUGGCUUAUCCAAUAACAAAUCUGUCAGUACUCUGUUCUAAUGCAUAUGUAUACUUGUAUAUGGCUUUCUUGAGUUCAUAAGUUUUUUUCUUAAAAAAAUAAAAUUGGUGUUUCUUAAUAUGUUAGUAUUACAUCUCAUCUUUUUUUUAUUUCUUUACUAUCAUUGUAUAUUUUGAGAUGUGGCUGAUUUGUGUAGAGCACUCACUUGCAAACUGGCAUGAGUUUGACGGGCCCCAUUCACAUCUUGUAGUUUUAGCUAGAUUUCUUGCUUGCUCUGCCUAAAACACAAUUUAUGUGUUCUGUUAGUAUGAUUCCAUAUGUGAGAGCAAAUAUUAGAUCUGUUCAACUUCCAACUGUCUCCGCUGCAACCAACAUGCCAAUUUACACGUUUUUCUUGUAAACGCCAUCUUAUUAGGUUAAGAAUAUUUUCAAGUUGUAGGAUGCUCAGCAGUAUGUGAUCUACAAAUAAUAAGUUUGUUUGGAAGUGGAAUUCUAUACUUUCCAGCAAUUUAAUACAUUUCUUUGUAUAAUCCAUAGGAAAGCGGAUGGAAAGAGGUGACAUUUCUUUGUCAUAUAUGUUGAGCUGGAUUGGUUGUCCUAUUUGGAUUAAUCUCUCUACUAAAAGUUAAUAUAUUACCGUUUGCAAGUCUAGUUCAAGCCCUGUUUGGAGCUCAUGAUGUAGCUCUCAGAAGAGCUAAUCUAGACCAAGCUUAAUUCCAAUGACGCUAUGUUAUCCUUAUUUUUUUGAGGAAAUAUGUAUCCCAGUAGCUAUCAGCCUGCUUUAGUUUCACGACAGUAUACUUGGUUGAGAGUUGGAACAGGGAGAGGAUCAUUUGUUCUUUCCAUGCAUUGAAACCUUUUUUUUUUAAGUGUCUAUUGCAUAAGAGUUAUGGUCCUUAUGGAGCAUCACAAGGGCAUGAUAUCAUCUUUUUGAACUCAGAGCAGUUAUUUAAUUUAUUUAUCUGAGCAAUCCAUUUGGAAUUGACAAUUUUACUACCUAUUUGAACUGUUUGGUGCUUAGGUGGUGCAGUUCACUUGAUUUUUGGCUGGUGCGCCAGGAUUUGAAACAGCAACUACUUUAACAAAGAUCCUUCUCUGUGAAGUUUCAUUGUUUGUGCCUUUGUGGUACUGCCUGUCAGUGUCACCUAAGAUGCAGCUUAUGCGGUUUGCAUACAAUCUUAUUCCUCUUGCUGCCAUAUUUACUAAACACAAUCCACUAUCUUGUGCUUUUCAUUUCCAAUGAGAUGGCAACAGACUAUUAUCAUAGUAGCAGUACAGACCAUCUUUGAGAUAUUCUUUUGGCAUUUCACAUUUAGCUAGUGACAUGCUACUUGCUAGUGACAUUAAAUUCAUAAUGGCUGGCAACAACAUUCUAAGAUGAAGGCAAUCGCUAGUGGACUCCAUUUUUUUCCUUUUCUUUUUAGUGUUAUUGAUCCCUGAGAUCCGUGUGUAUUAGACUAGUUUUGAUGCUUGCAUUACUUACAUACCGACUCUUGGUAUUGUAUUCUCCAACAUGGCAAAGUUAUUUCUGCUGCUUAAAAACUAAAUCCUCCAACAUCACGGCUGUUCCUUUUUUUUUCCAGAAAACUCAGGCAGCCUAGAAUAGCUGAUAAACGAGAAGUCACGAGCUAAGAAAACAAUAGCUUUUGUUGUUGUGUGUGUGAAGUUGCACGGCAGAUCUAGAGGCUGCAACUGCUGCUUGCUGUGCAAGAGCAACCAUGAUGAACUGUCCGGCUAUUCAGGCCAAAGCUUCUCUUGACUUGUUAUGGUGGCUGCGAAGGGUAAACCCCCAUAGCCUCACGUUCCCACAGCCUUUUUAUCAAGCUAAAGUAGCUGGGAAUGAUAGGAGAGGUGAGAGCAGAUGCAUGCCCCAGAAGACCACAAUUGGGCACUGCACUUUCCUGGAUUCCAAUGCCCAGAUGGAUGGAGGGCCAGGGAACAACCAGAAAAGGAGGAAACCAAUUUGUUACUCUGGUAGACAUACUCUAUCCCAAUUUGCCAUGAACUUUGUCAAAAAGAAUCCGCCCUAAGGGGGCCACUGGUUGUUGCUUGAGUAGGGGUAAUCCCAAUGCCUCAUACUACCUUAACUAAUAGGCCCAACUGAUAUUAGAAUGCAAAGCUAAUCAUUACAUCAUGCCUCCUCCCUGAUGAUGAUCCUUGGCUUUUGCACCCUGCCUUUUUCUACUGUUCACAGCGUGCAUCAUAUUGCCUAGGGCAGAGAGCAUAUUAGGAAAACUACUAGAAGGAAAUCAUCAAGGAAAUAUUCAGCAGUUUACAUUAUGAAACUGGAGCUGUGGUACCUAAACUAGUGCAUUUACUAUUAAAUCCAAGCUAUUGUCCAAAUAUGUUUACCCCAUGAAAUUCAGCAAAAAAAUUUCAACCAUCAUGUUUUUUUUUGAAGAUAUGAACCUAGCAAUUUCUUAAGCCUGCUGGCAUGAACUUCGAAGGAUGGAGCAAUCUAAUUCAUGACAGUGGCAACUUUUUCCAGGUAUGCAGGCAGCAGGCAGCAGGCAGAGCAUGGAAACUGGCCACUGGAAAUCUUGUUGCAGAAUUGGGCAGUGUGGAAGCAUGAGAAUCCUAUGAAUCUGGUGCCAGUAUUACAGCGACACACUGGGUGAUGGAUCAAAAGGGGCCUGAGGGAAACCUAAUUGUCGCGGUCAACAGACAAAACCGGUCUAAAAAGCAGGACGGUUGCCUUGCCAUAUGGUCCUGCAGGGCACGGGAGAAGAAAGGAGGGCAAAAGGAGGUGAGGACAGGACCGCCUACGCUGGGUGAGUUGACGAGUUGUCCUCUUGUCCCCACAACCACUGAGCGGCGCAUCACGGGCGAUCACCACGCACCUUAUCGUAUCGAAAGCCACCUAUGAGCCGUAGAUCCCUUUGAUUACUCUGCUAAUUGCGCUCGCUAAAAAGAUGCUGAGCAUUAUGCGCACUUGGUACGGCACAUACCGAUAAGAGACGUUGUUGAUUGAUUUUUGAUGACGUGACUUUGCCCCCCGUUCUGUACAGCGUACAUGUACGAAACGACUUAUAUUCUCUACCAAUAUAUUUUUUUAUGCUCUCUUCGUUUUAAA